UGCGACCGUUUGUGACGCGUAGUUUAUUUAAGAAGUUUCACAAUAUUAUUGUUAAUUAACAAUUUCUCUAAUCCAGAAAAAUGCAAUCUUCUUCAAAUAACAAGGAUGCGAAUAACAAAGCAGCAGAUAAAACCGCACCAUCGACAGAAGAUAAGAAAAACAAAGAGAAGAAGAGAUUGUUGAAAGAAAUACAAGAGCUUAGAUGUAUAAUCGAACAGAGCGAAUGGAGUAUGGAGAUGUUGCGAUUCAAAGAUGCGGAACACUUAAUCAAGCCGCCGCAAAAUUCAAAUAUUUCCCAUUUAGGCAGAGUGCCAAACGUCGAAGUUCAGUUACAGAACGAUUUAUACAAAUUUGCUGGUCUUCAUUGCGCCAAAUUUAGACGAUCGGAAGUUGUAUUUAACUUCUCAUCGACUGAUGAACAUCAAAAGGACAAUGCUUACGCGGUACAAAUUUUGGUAAAAGAUGGAAAAAGCAGUUUAGGAAAAUGGGUGAUGCCAAUGUCGAUAGAUAUGAAUCAAAUAUUAACCAAGAUACCAAUCGAUAAACCAAGUAACUUAACUGCUUUCGCAAAAUACUGCAAGCACAACAUUAAUUGUUAUACUACACGACAGCAGCAGUUUUUGUCAUUAAAAGAACAUACUUUGCACAUGAAACAUUGUGCUCUAUAUUCUAAUAUAGGUUAUAUGCAAAUUAAUAUAGAAUUAUAUGGUAUACACGAUAAAGAUGAAUAUAUUGACUUGAUGGUAUAUUUAUUGUACCAUUCUGAUGAAGCAAGACCAUAUCAAAUUAAAAUUGAUACAACAUCCAAGAAAGAAUUAAGUGAUGAAAUAAAGCAAAAAUGGAAAACAUAUUUAAAGGAGUUCAAAAUAUCAGAUUUACGAACUGCAUUUGAUAAAAUUUUCGUAAAAAAGAAUCCUACAUAUACAUGGACACCAGGAGAUGACAGUGAGAGUCCAUUGGAAAUUAAUGACACUAGUAACUCAGAUGAAGACUUUUUAGAACAACUGCAAUCAAAGCAGAGGUACUCACUAAGAGUUAGGAAAAAACGUAAAAUAUGGAAUAAAUGGAGUGCAAAGAAGAAACAAAAAAAUAUGGAAAAUUCUACAUCGUCAAAAGACAUUAGUGACAAUGCUCAUUCAAGGGCGGAAGAGUCACGCAGUGAGAGUCCACAUCAAACUCCAGUAAAUAAAAAGGAGACUAGAAAGAAAGUAUCUUCUCUUUCCUUGAAGCAACAGAAACAAAUUGAUAAAAAUCUACUAGAGGCAACCCCAAUAAAAGAACCUAAAAUUAUAUUAAAACAGAUAAAAUUAAAUUUCCAAGCUACUCAAUCUAUGAAUUCUGACAAGAUAAAUAAAGUAUUAUCGUCACAAUCAAAGCCUCACAUUAAACUUGGCAGGAAGAAUAAAAAAGUAGCUAAAUUGAUUACUAGUACUCCAUUAAGUCGUCGUGUCAAUCCUAAGGUCGUGUUAUCUACUUUAGAAAUAGAUAAUAUUACUGAAAUUGGAUCUCCAUCGGAGAAAGAGGUGGACAACUUAAACAGCUCGAGGAACAGUAGUCGUUUAAAAAAUAAAAAUUCUCCAAAAGAGAACAUCCAAAACACAUUAAGAAAAAGUCCUAGAUCGGCUAAAUUAUCGUUAAAUACACAUACUGUGAAAGGUGUUAAAUCCAAAACUAAGAAUAUGAAAAAUUGA